GCAGUCCUUAAUUAUCACCUUUGCAAUCAUUGUCCUCCUAACGCUCUCCUCUUUUCUGUUUUCUCCACUGUUGUCUCCGCCGUAUACGGCGGCGUUACUUUCUCCGGCCACCUAAAUAUGUCGUCAUUUUGUAACUUUGUUCAGGAAAUUUGACCAUUGUUGAUAACGUCAAGAAUAUUAAUUCUGCUUGAUUUGGUGGGUUCAAUGGAUAUGAACAAUCUAAGAACAGAAUCUCAUGUAGCACAAAAAAACCGGCGACAUAAGUUAAGAUUCCAGCAAAACUCCGACGACCCGACCCACCAACAAGAUCCACAAUACGAAGUUCAUCGACCCAGAUACGGAUCCGUUUCGUACGACCCGAAUGUAUUCCCAUCCGAGAUGCUUCAUUCCAUUGCAAGUAACCCACACCUUUUGUUACCUCCUAGUCAUUCUUUUGCAGAUCAAGAUUCGGUUUCGGGUUCGGUUUCAGGUUCGGUUUCAGUUUCAGGUUCGGGUUCUAGUUCAGCGAACCCGAACCAGAACCUGCAAACUGGGAACUGGAAGAGUGUUGUGGACACUCAAAACCAGCAAACUAGAAGUGAUUGGAAUGUUAACACAUACUCUCAUAAUAUUUGUUCAAUGAAUAUUGAUCAAAGUUAUAAUCAAGAUUUGCAACACAUUCAGUUAAAUGAUCAUAAAAACUCCGGUGAAAUUCCGGCUUUCGGGUACCAAAAUACCCUUCAAGAAGUUGUUGCAUCCGCCACCGUUGGAUCGCAUGGUCAUCAAAGCAUUCCUUAUUGGAUGAACGGUUCGGAUCAGUUAGGGUUUGUGACACACAAAAGCAACGAUAGCACCACUCAGGGUUUAUCGUUAUCGUUAUCGUCAGUUCCUCAAGCGAAGACGGAGUAUCCAUCCUUACAUUCGGGUCCAAAACAGUUAAAACCCGAUGGGUUAACUACUUCGGACCCGAAACAGUUGAUGGAUAUGUCGUCUUUCGCUCAUAGGAACGUGGGCCCACUGGGCCCGUUUACGGGGUAUGCUACUAUUCUUAAGAAUUCUAAGUAUUUGAAGCCAGCACAAGAGUUGUUGAAUGAUAGUUGUAAAGUUGGGGGUCAAGAGUUGGGUCAAACAUGUGAUGAUACUCGCAAGAUUCUUGAGGAAGAGAUGAGUAGGGUUUCAGGUGAGUCGGGUGCAUCGUGUUCGACGGUUUAUGGCUCGAAUGAACAUGUUGGUCGGUCUGGCUCGGUUUCGGAAACAUAUCGACCGGAAUUUCAUCAGAAGAAAGCCAAGUUGUUAUAUAUGCAAGAAGAGGUAUGUAGAAGGUACAAACAAUAUCAUCAACAAAUGCAAAUGGUGAUCUCGUCGUUUGAGACAGUCGCGGGACUUACUUCAGCGACACCAUUUGUGUCGUUGGCUUUGAAAUCGGUUUCGCGACACUUUCACUUUGUGAAGAAUGCGAUUUCGGAGCAACUCACACAAAUGAAGAAGACUUUUGAAGAUUUGUGUUCUCCAAGUAGAACUUUUGAUGGUAAUAAUAAUAAUGCGAAUGAUUCGUUAUCACAACUGAAGUCUAUGGAUCAUAACAUUCAAAGACACGGGAAAUCUAGUGGUGGAAUGGGAUCUUUUGUGAACCAACAACCAAUAUGGCGGCCUCAACGUGGUCUUCCUGAGCGUGCGGUCUCGGUUCUAAAAGCUUGGCUAUUUGACCAUUUUCUUCACCCGUAUCCUUCGGAUGCAGACAAGCAUAUGUUGGCGACUCAAACGGGCUUAACCAGAAACCAGGUUUCAAACUGGUUCAUAAAUGCGAGAGUACGCAUAUGGAAGCCUAUGGUUGAAGAAAUCCAUACCCUUGAAACAAAAGGGUUAGCAAACUCGAACCCAAACAACCCUCCAACCGACGGUCAAGACACGAGCCGCAUGGACAUGGGCUCAUUAACAAACAAGCAACAACCCGAGUGUUUAAGGACUUCCGGAGCCUUGACCAUGAUCAACAAUCAAAACGAACCAAACGAACAACUAUGGGACCACGAAAAACGGUCAAGGCCCGAGUACCAAAUCCCCCAACCCACCAUUACAAACAUAAUGCCCUACCCACGAACCACAUUCGAGGCAGGCGGGGUGGGGCCCGUUUCACUUACGUUAGGACUCAGGCAGAACGCGGAACAUGUGCAACAAUUGCAGCAACAUGAACAUCAACUUCGACAGCGAUUUGGAGGUCAGUUGGUUCAUGAUUUUGUGGGAUAGUUUUGUAAUGAUAAAAUGCUAUUGUAGCCUCAAGAAAAAGAUACAUAACAUGAAAAAAAAUUGUAUUUUUUUCAGGAAUCUAAUCAGAAUUACGGUAGUGGUAGAUUGCAUAUUGGUUAUUUCAAGGGUUUAUGUUGGUUUUGUAAACCCUAAUCCAUGAUUUUGUAAGUUUCUAAAUCUAGGAAUCACUUUCCUUUUGUAGUAAAUUAUGUACGAGGUUGCAACUUACAUUUUACAUUUCUAUACAA